CAUAGCCGUGACUGAGCUGUUCUGUGGAACUUGUGGGUGGCACAACCACCCCAAGAGAGAAAAGAACUAGGGGGGGGGGUACCAGGGCUUCAUUCUGCGCCCCUCCAGCCUGCAGGAUGUCUCUGGCAGAUGAGCUCCUGGCCGACCUGGAGGAGGCGGCGGAGGAGGAGGAAGGAGGAAGCUACGGUGAGGAGGAGGAGGAGCCGGCCAUCGAAGAUGUGCAGGAGGAGAUGCAGCUCGAUCUCUCGGGCGACUCGGUCAAGAGCAUCGCCAAGCUCUGGGACAGCAAGAUGUUUGCUGAGAUCAUGAUGAAGAUUGAGGAGUACAUCAGCAAGCAAGCCAAAGCUUCAGAAGUGAUGGGGCCGGUGGAGGCGGCCCCUGAAUACCGGGUCAUUGUGGAUGCCAACAACCUCACAGUGGAGAUCGAGAACGAGCUGAACAUCAUCCACAAAUUCAUCCGGGACAAGUACUCGAAGCGCUUCCCUGAGCUGGAGUCCCUGGUCCCCAAUGCGCUGGAUUACAUCCGCACAGUGAAGGAACUGGGGAACAGCCUGGACAAGUGCAAGAACAACGAGAACCUGCAGCAGAUUCUGACCAACGCCACCAUCAUGGUGGUCAGCGUCACCGCCUCCACCACCCAGGGCCAGCAGCUGUCGCCCGAGGAGCUGGAGCGGCUGGAGGAGGCGUGCGACAUGGCCCUGGAGCUCAACGCCUCCAAGCACCGAAUCUACGAGUACGUGGAGUCGCGCAUGUCCUUCAUCGCGCCCAACCUCUCCAUCAUUGUCGGCGCCUCCACGGCCGCCAAGAUCAUGGGUGUGGCUGGCGGCCUCACCAACCUGUCCAAGAUGCCCGCCUGCAACAUCAUGCUGCUGGGUGCCCAGCGCAGGACGCUCUCGGGCUUCUCGUCCACCUCGGUGCUGCCGCACACGGGCUACAUCUACCACAGUGACAUCGUGCAGUCCCUGCCCCCGGAUCUGCGGCGGAAGGCGGCUCGCUUAGUGGCCGCCAAGUGCACAUUGGCUGCGAGAGUUGACAGCUUCCAUGAGAGCUCGGAGGGCAAGGUUGGCUACGAGCUGAAGGAUGAAAUUGAGCGCAAGUUUGACAAGUGGCAGGAGCCGCCCCCAGUGAAGCAGGUGAAGCCACUGCCGGCGCCCCUUGAUGGGCAGCGCAAGAAGCGGGGAGGCCGCAGGUACCGGAAGAUGAAGGAGCGCCUGGGGCUGACGGAGAUCCGCAAACAGGCCAACCGCAUGAGCUUUGGGGAGAUCGAGGAAGACGCCUACCAGGAGGACCUGGGCUUCAGCCUGGGCCACUUGGGCAAGUCCGGCAGCGGGCGCGUGCGACAGACCCAAGUGAACGAGGCCACCAAGGCCAGGAUCUCCAAGACGCUGCAGCGGACCCUGCAGAAGCAGAGCGUGGUGUAUGGCGGGAAGUCCACCAUCCGGGACCGCUCCUCGGGGACAGCGUCCAGCGUGGCCUUCACCCCGCUCCAGGGCCUGGAGAUCGUGAACCCUCAGGCAGCCGAGAAGAAGGUGGCUGAGGCGAACCAGAAGUACUUCUCGAGCAUGGCAGAGUUCCUCAAGGUCAAGGGCGAGAAGAGCGGCAUCCUGUCCACCUGAGCCCACUGGGACUUUGGGGCCCAAGGGAGGAACCCCUGGGUCUACACCCGGACUGAGCCAGCCUCCCGAUUUCAGUUCUGCUGGGAAAGGAGACACUGAGGAAGUGUGAUUAAAGGCACGUUGUGAGGUCCA